CGCGCUGGUCCAUUUAUGUGCGCGCUUAGUGCGCUCGCGCAGAGGGUGAUCUCUGCGAGCCAGGAGCAGCAUCCGCAGCUUUGUGAAGGUGGGUGUGACAGGCAGCAUCUUUACAACCGAACAAGACUGCAGGAAUUAUUUCUUUUUUACGGUCUGUUAAUUGACCUGCAGUGCACUCUGAAGAUGGCAUCCGCUGAAGAUAUCCAGGUCAAGGAGCUCGACAAAAGGGCCUCAGGCCAGGCCUUUGAGGUCAUCCUAGCCACUCCCGCCCCAGAUGCCAAGGGCAACUUCCCCCUGUCUCCUCCCAAGAAGACUGAUGUCUCACUGGAGGAAAUUCAGAAAAAGCUGGAUGCUGCAGAGGAGAGACGCAAGAAUCAUGAAGCCGAGGUUCUGAAGCACUUGGCUGAAAAGCGUGAGCAUGAGAAGGAAGUGCUGCAGAAAGCUAUGGAGGAGAACAACAACUUUAGCAAGAUGGCUGAGGAGAAGCUCAAUCAGAAGAUGGAGGCCAACAAAGAGAACCGCACAGCACUCAUGGCAGCGAUGAAUGAGAAAUUCAAGGAGAAGGACAAGAAGCUGGAAGAGGUCCGGAAGAACAAGGAAACCAAAGAGGGAACCUCGGAAGACUGAAAGUUGCAAUGGGGGGAUUGUAUAGGGUUUUUUACGUAUCCAAAGAUUGAUUUAUUUUUUGUUUGGCCAGUAUUUUUGUUGUGUUCACUACCCACCUUUUUGAAAUAAGAAAUACAAGUUCCACUUUGUGACUUUUUCAAUUUUCCUGCUAUAAGUGUACUUGCGCUGGUUUUACAUGUGGAUCAGUCCCCCCCUUUGUUUAGUCUAAUCCAUUUGAUAUGUAGCUUGUCAGUGCAGCUUCUGCCCUUUUUUGAGAAUUAGCAGUGUGUACUUAUCCUUUUUUGAGGAAGCAUGUUUCUAUGCAUAGGUCUUUUAUCCCUGCCUAUUUCAUAGUGGCUUUUUGAAAAUGUUCCUGUGAACCACACCUGUUCUCGGCACUUACUGUAUAUUUAAAAAAAUAAAAAAAGUAGCACAAGGUUUGAUCAAGGCGUUGGCUGUUAUACAUGCGGGUGUUUAGUGCAGCUUUGCUACCCAGAAUCUGCUUGUUUGCUCCUGCAGGUCAUGUUUUGUGCUGCUGCUGAUUUCUUCGCUUUUGUAAAAAUAUGGAGUAGUCUCAAAGCACAUGAAAUCAUCGUAAAAUCGUGCUGUAUAGCUGUGAAUUAACAUGCCAGACAUGUAAAUGGAUGCCAUCUUGAAGGUCACUGAAUGGGGGUCCACACAUGGAAUGCAACUGAGCAAUACACUUUGGCAUCUCAUUAGAUACAGUGGCUAGUUGACUUGAACUGUUGUACUAAAACAAAUAAAAAAAAAAAAAAAAUGGAAACGCA